CCUACUAUCAAAUCGACUGCGACUUGCAACACGCAAUACAAAGCACACAACGCAACGAUGCGCACCGUGGUGCCGUUCAUUCUCGUGGCCAUCCUCGUCGCCGUCUCCGUGGUUGACAGUCAGCCCCAGCCCCACGAACGGCAGCGACUAGAGCCUGUCGCGUACCGAUUCGAUGCCGAGCACGAUGGAUCCGAGCUGCUGGAGGGAGUGGACAUCGACCUUGACACUGACGAGGUCGACAUGAGCCGGUUUGACAGAAGCAGCAGCAGCAGCUCUGCAGCGUUCGAUCUGGACGACGACGGCGAGGAAAUGCACAUGGACAUCUACUACGAUGAAGCGAACGGCGUGUACGUGGACGCGCAUGGCAACCAGCUGUUCACCCCCGCAGAGAUGGAAGCGCUUCAAGCACAGUUCGACAAUGCGCUCGAGAACGAGGAGGCUGCAUACGCCUAUCACACCACGACGUUCGAAGGAAAUGCACCCAUACCCUCUGAAAAUGUUUACUUUGAAAUUCUAGACCCUCCAGAAAUCGCCUACAUGUACACUGGAGUCAUUUCGUUCAACAUUGGCGUGGACUUUGAGUUUAUGCUGGAUCCGGCAUACCUUGUGCUGAGCGAGCCUUACGACGCAUGUCAGCCGCUCAAUGGCGAACAGUUCCACGACGCUGUUGUGAUGGUUGAGCGAGGGACUUGCUCCUUUAUCGAAAAAGCAAUCAAUGUGGCGAGUGCAGGUGCUGCCGCCAUGAUUGUUGCUGACAACGAGCCUCCAGAAGACUCGAUACUCGUUGACAUGGUUUCGGACGACGGACGACUGGCGAGCAUACCGUGUGUCUUCAUCCAAACACAAGACGGAGCGAAAAUCCGAAACGCAAUAUACCAGCACGGUGUGUCUGGCGUUCCAAUAACAAUACCGCUCAACAUUACAAUGCAAACCCAGGAGGCCUUCGUCGACUCGUUCGUGCCAUGGGCCCCUCUGUUGUAGCGUUUGGAGUGAGUCUGUUUCUGUACCAGCUGUUGUAGCACUCUACUAACUGCGGGUUUUGUCAGGUUUGUUUUUUCCAAAGUGUCUAUGUUUUAAAAAUUGACGAUUUCACACUCC